UCACAGGACACAUUUCCGCCAAUAACAAACCUGCUAGCUUGCUACGGCUUAAAGUCUAUUUUCUGUGUUAGACAUUCCAAGUGUAUGAAAUAAUUAGGUAAUGAUCACCUGGGGGUGGAUUAAAUAGAAAACAUCCAGUCUAGUAUUACACAAAUGCCAUAAUGGGCAAAUGAGUAUGCAGCUGAUAAUAAACGUGAAUCAGCAAACAAAUGAUUCCGGCUAGCGUUAGCCAAAUGCUAACGCGGUGGUCAGCGACAUGCUCCUCUAGCAAGUAGUCACGUUAGCUUGCUAACGAUUUGGAGUUACUGGUAAAUGGCAUCCUGAGACGGAUUAGGUGUCUGGUUUGGUAGUUAGAUAAUCCGUUUAUUAACCAAAACUUGACCUAAAGAGAGAACCACUGUUUGUUAGCCGGUUCAGAUCAUUUCCUGACCGGGGAAGCCUUCCGCUGACAAGAUUUUUCUCCAGAUCAGUUGACACUGCAGAUUUGCAAAAUGAAGAUGUUCUCAGUGUCUCACAAGACGGUCUUCGUGGUGGACCACUGUCCCUACAUGGCAGAGUCGAGUCGUCAGCAGGUGGAGUGUGAUGUGCUGACAAAGAGUCGAGCUCAAGGGGUUAUUCCUCUGGCCCCCGUGUCCAAGUCCCUGUGGACCUGUGCUGUGGAGUGCUCCAUGGAGUACUGCCGGAUCCUCUACGAUGUCUAUCCCCUGCACAAACUGAUUAAUUACAUCGUGAGUGAUUCAGAGUUCCACAUCUUGAAUAGCUGGAGGCAGGAAGACCAGAGCACUCACGAGCUCAUGUCAGCUCUGGCGGCUGUUGGGCCACCCAACCCACGCGAGGACCCCGAGUGUUGCAGCAUCCUGCACGGGCUUGUUGCCGCGGUGGAGUCGUUAUGCAAGAUCACAGAGUUGCAGCACGAGAGGCGCACCACUCUGAUGGACACGGCUGAGAGAGUCGCUAACAGGGGUCGAAUUAUCUGCCUAACAAAUGCGAAAAGUGACACUCAUGUGCGCAUGUUGGAAGACUGCAUCCAAGAAACUAUUUUAGAACAAAACAAGCUGGCGGCAGGCUCAGACAGGCUGAUGGCCAUCCAGCAGUGUGACCUGGUUCUAGUUCACAUCCACCCGCAGGGCGAGGACACGCUGGUGUCUGACCGAGCGAAAAAAGAGAUCUCCCCUCUGCUCACCAGCGAGGUUCACAGCGUUCGUGCGGGGCGGCACCUGGCCACCAAACUCAACAUUCUGGUUCAGCAGCACUUUGACUUGGCCUCCACCACCAUAACAAACAUCCCCAUGAAGCCCACAUUAAAUGUUUGCGACCAGGAAGAGCAGCACGCCAACACAUCGGCCAACUAUGAUGUGGAGCUCCUGCAUCACAGAGACGCUCACCUGGAGUUCUUUAAAAGUGGAGACUUGCACAUGGCCGGCACCAGCACUCGAGAAAAUGGACUCAAAGAGACGAUCACACUGAAAUGGUGCACUCCACGCACCAACAGCGUCGAGCUGCAUUACUGUACAGGAGCCUAUCGCAUCUCCCCCACAGACGUAAACAGUCGUCCCUCGUCAUGUUUAACAAACUUUCUCCUCAACGGUCGAUCGGUGCUGCUGGAGCAGCCGAGGAAGUCGGGGUCCAAGGUCAUCAGCCACAUGCUCAGCAGCCACGGAGGCGAGAUCUUCCUGCACGUGCUCAACAGCAACCGCUCCAUCUUGGAGGACCCACCCUCCAUCAGCGAGGGCUGUGGAGGCCGAGUGACAGACUACCGCAUCACUGAUUUUGGUGAAUUCAUGAGGGAGAACCGGCUCACUCCUGUUCCAGAGUCUUCCCAUGAUCCCUCUGGGAAGCUACCAGCUGAGAGGGCCAAAGCUCAGCUGGAACGCCACACGCGAUACUGGCCGAUGAUCAUCUCCCAGACCACCAUUUUCAACAUGCAGGCAGUGGUUCCUUUAGCUAACCUGAUAGUGAAAGAGACUUUAUCUGAGGAGGACGUCUUGACCUGCCAGAAGACAGUCUACAACCUGGUAGACAUGGAGAGGAAAAACGACCCGCUCCCUAUUUCCACCGUGGGAUCCCGAGGCAAAGGCCCCAAGAGAGAUGAGCAGUAUCGUAUCAUGUGGAACGAGCUGGAGACAUUAGUGAAGACUCACGCCGGAGCCACAGACAGACACCAGCGGGUACUGGACUGCAUCGUUGCCUGCCGCAGCAAACCCCCCGAGGAGGAGGAGAGGAAGAAGAGAGGGAGGAAGAGGGAGGAGAGGGAAGACAGGGUGGAGAAAAAUGGCAGCAAGGACGCAGAGGACAAAAGCUGGCAGGAGUCGGAGAGACUAAAGGGUCUGCUGGAUAAAGAAGAGCCGGAGUCGGAGGUGAUCAAAGAUUCCCCGGACUCUCCGGAGCCGCUCAACAAGAAGCCGCGGCUCCUCACGGAGGAGGUUCAGCCUCAGGAGAGAGCGAAAGGUCCUGUCUCGCUCCUCACCAUGUGGAGCAAUCGCAUCACUGCAGCCAAUUCCAGGAAGCACCAAGAGUUUGUUGGAAGAGCGAGCUCCGUCAACGACAAGUUUGAGUUGUACCAGCACCUCAAAGACGAGAAUGGGAUGGACGUUCACGAAAACGGAAAGGCCUCCAGAUGAUGUUUUUUCCACGGAUCCACUGCUUCACCCCUGCCAAGGAUGAGAUUUUGGACCACUGUGUUUUUUCAGACUUGGAUAUUACCUUACACCCCCGAACAAGGACAUCAGAUAAAAUAGACAGUGAACUCUUAACGAGGAAUUUAUAAAUUUUUUUACUCAUGGUUUUGUAGAUAUGCUGUGUAACAAAAUAAAAGCCGUCAAUAGAGAACGUU